AUGGUUCUCAAACUCUAUGGCUCUGCUAUGUCCACCUCCCGGGUCCUGGUCACGAUCCUGGAGAAGGAGUUACCCUACGAGCUCGUUCUCGUUGACAUCGCCAAGGGCGACCAGAAGACUGAGGACUACAAGAAGCUGCAGCCAUUCGGAAAGGUCCCUGUUUUGGAUGAUGACGGGUUCAUCAUGUUCGAAAGUAGGGGUAUCUGCAAAUAUCUUGCCCGAAAAUACCCCUCCGGUAAGAAGCUGGUCCCAGAGGGUGAUGAAGCCUACGGUCGCUUCGAACAGAGUUACUUCGCAGCGGCAGCGGAGACCAUCGGAAUGGAGCUUGUCAUCAAACCAAUGAAAGGCCUUGGUUCCCCCGACAUGGACAGAGUUGCGCAGGCGGAACAGGAGCUUGAUGCGGUUCUCGCUGUUUAUAACAACAAAUUGGCCACCCAGAAAUAUAUCGCUGGAGAUGAGCUGACUUUGGCGGAUCUGUUUCACCUACCAAAUGGUGCUGCCUUGAUGGGAGGUAAGUGGAAGGAGGUCUUUGAGAGAUAUCCCAACGUGAACAACUGGUUUAUAGGGCUACAGGGGAGGGAGACUUGGGCGAAGGCGGCUGCAGAGGCUGGAACUAUCCUAUGGGAUACUGGGUGUACCUAUUUUCAGCAUUCGUAG